CUUUUUUUUUUUUGGUUAAUUAUUACAUGUUUCGCCUGAGAUGAUCUGCUAUUGUGGUGAUCAUAAGUUGAGGGGGAAUUUUUAUUCGAUAAUAGUCUGUUGGAGGAGAUUUUGGUUGUUUAUUGAGAACUUUCAAUGACCGAGGUUUAUAGAAGAAUGCUGAGCGAUGACGAUGUUGAUAUGCCGGCGAAGUGCCGGCAACGGCGACGAAGAAGGAUCCAGAUGAGAAGGCUUGCCGUAGUCUCAGCGUCCAGUACGGGACCGCUGCCGAGUCUGGGCCAAAGAGAAGAUCCUGAAGAGAGCUCAGAUUGCGUUCCAGAAGGGAAGCGACUACGUAUGGUGGAGGCCGGCGAUCUGCUGGCGACUAACAGUACGUGUACUAUUUCAGGCGAGGAGGUUGAACCGACGACUGGGGAGCCCAAAACGGCUCUGACGAACGGACCGGUGUUCGGGACGAUGUCGAUUUCGGGGAGGUCACGUGAGAUGGAGGAUGCCAUUUCUGUACGGACCAGCCUUUGCCGGCCCGACAUUAAUCUUAAGAGACCUGUGCAUUUCUUCGCUGUUUAUGACGGUCAUGGUGGCCCUCAUGUGGCAGCACUGUGCAGGGAAAGGAUGCACGUGUUCGUAGAGGAAGAGUUGAUGCACGUGAAUUGCACGGGAGAGAGCGAGUGUGGGAGAGACAGCAGUUCACAAGGGAAGGAACAUGAAGAAAAUUGGAGAAGAGUGAUGAACAAGAGCUUUGAAAGAAUGGAUGAGGUGGCAAUAAGCGCGUGCGCGUGUGGGAGUGUGGGGUUCCAUUGUAGGUGCCAUCCAUUGGAGGUGGCCCUCCGUGGGUCCACUGCCGUAGUGGCCUUGCUAACGCCGGAGCACAUCGUGGUCGCAAAUUGCGGUGACUCACGUGCCGUCCUCUGCCGCGGCGGGAAGGCCAUUCCUCUAAGUUCCGAUCACAAGCCGGACAGAUCAGAUGAACUUGCUCGAAUUGAAGCAGCUGGAGGUCGAGUUAUCUUUGUUAAUGGAGCACGAGUUGAAGGCAUUCUUGCUAUGUCCAGGGCAAUAGGAGACAAAUACCUGAAACCGGUUGUAACAUCAGAACCUGAGAUAACAUUUACUAAGAGAGAACCAGAAGAUGAAUGCUUAAUCCUUGCAAGCGAUGGUUUAUGGGAUGUUCUAUCUAGUGACUUGGCUUGUAAGGUGGCUUGUGAAUGUCUUAAAGAAGGAAGUAAUGGUGCUACUGCAGCUGUGUUAAAUCUCAAUGCAGGACGACCCAAUAAAGAAGAUGAAGGGGCUGAGAGGCUGUAUCCAUCUAGAAGUGUCCUUGCUGCUGCAUUGCUUACUCGCCUGGCUUUGGGGCGAAAAAGUUCUGAUAACAUCAGUGUUAUAGUUGUUGAUCUAAAGAAAAGUUGACAAGAAACAGAGUGCAGGAUAUCAAAUGGCGGAGAUUGAGAGAUGCAGGUGGAAUUGCCAAUAACUUCAUAAGGAAAGGUGUAUCUUCUUCAAAUUAUCACAAUAUCUGCAGCUGAAUCAACAAAUGAUUCUUCUUGUUUUGGUGCCUCAUCAGGGUACCAAACAAUAUUGAGUCUUGGCUACUUUCAGUUCUUUUUGUUUUAGUUUUAUAGUGCUACAAGUUCAAUUGAGGCUUUUGGGUAUUGAAGAUAAUUAAUGCAAUGAAGAUUGCAGAACAAAUAAAAGGAAUUGUCUGGUUGUUUGCGUAGAAAUAAGAAAGAACUACUGACAAAUUUAGUAGUGCCUUAUUUCUUUUGUAUAAAGGUGUAGCAGUGUAAAUCAUCUUUCAGGCACUGCUUGUGGGUAGGGUGGUACUCAAAAUUCAAAACUAAUUUUUGGGGAUUCGGAAUAUUUGGUUUGUUCUCGGUUUGACGGAUUUGGGAUUUUAUUUUAGGGUCUGCAGUGAAUGUCUAGUGGUUGUUAGCUAGCUGUGUGGAUUGUGAUCAAGGUUGGCAGC